CGUCCAGAAUUUCAAUAAUGUUCUGCGUAUCAUCAGCUCACUACAGCUGCCUCCUCGUUGCUUCUCUGAUCUUGUCGCUCGCUCUGUUAUCCUUGGACCUGGCAAUGUGGCUCAUUCCAGAGGGCUAUCCAUUGCAUCGAGGGCAGCUGACGGCGCCGCAAAUGCGAAAGUUCGCUGUUGGAGAAGACAUCAACGGCAUCACUCCUCAGUUUAGGCGAAAGUAUCAGCAGUACUGGAACUCCUCUGUCUUUGGACCUCCCGUCACACGGAAAGACUUAUCUCCUACCCAAGUGCAACAGCUUCUACAAGACUGGGGCACUCUCAUACCAAAUGGGAACGGCUUUAUACCAGUCAAAAGCCCGAAAUCCUACACGCUUCCACCGCCGCUACGGUACGAUGAGGGAUUACCACAAGAUGAACCCUUCUCGUACUCCAUGAGCGUAUUCCACCAGCUACACUGCUUGGAGAUCAUUCUACGCGCAUGGCUUGGAGAUGCCAUCAAGAACGGACAUCGCGAGCAGCAUCCCGCUUCACAUACCCAGGAGGCUCAUGUUUUUCACUGCUUUGAUUAUCUUCGACAGGCAGUCAUGUGUUUUGGAGACACGGCGCUGGAAGGGUCGGACCCGUAUCAGGUAGCAUUAGGCUUAGAUUUGUGGUCAUCGGGAACCUAUGGCAUUAGCACGACGCACAUCUGCAAAGACUUUCAGCAGAUUUACGAAUAUGCCGUUAGCCACACAUCACCGUCGUGGGCUAGAGAAAGGUCACAAAAGGAAGCUGAUUUCAUAUGAAGAUCGGCUACACGAGUAGCUCUGGCCCAGGUUGCUACGUGUAGAAGACCAACAUCCACCAUGCUCGCCGAGCACAAUUUGCCACUGUGUCAAGAUCAGGAGGCGAACAAGGCAAUAAUUCGCAAUCUCGAAGAGGAGGACGGG